AUGAUUAAAUCAAGUGAUCCAUUAAUUCCACCAUUUAGAUUUGCAAUAGUUGAAGAAGGGUUAUUAAGGGGAUCAUAUCCAACAGAUAGAAAUUUUCGAUUUUUAAAGAGACUAAAGUUAAAGACGAUUGUAUCAUUAACACCAAAGCCACCAACUAAAUCAUUUUAUACAUUUUGUGAAAGAUAUAAUACCACCACGAAACAUUUUACAGUUAGCAAAUUUAAAGAUGAUGUGACAUUAUCAGCAGCACAAGUAGCACAAUUAUUGGAAAUGAUGAUCGAACCUAACAAUUUACCAAUGUAUAUUCAUUGUUUAGAUGGUGCAAAUGUAACAGGUACAAUAUUUAUGUGUUUAAGAAAACUUCAAAACUGGAAUCUUUCAUCAAUAUUUCAAGAAUUCACAAGAUUCACUAGAGGUGGUACAAUCGCAUCUUCGGAGGCUGAAUUUGUUGAAACUUUCAAGGCUGAAAUCGAUGUUUGUCCACAUAUUCCACCUUGGUUAUGGCAAGGUAUUAGAAUGGUUAAACAUCCAACUUUAAAAUUAAGAUUAGUAGGUGGUGAUCAACAACCUGCACUUUUAGCUUUAAAUAAUAAUUCCUCCUCUUCAACAACAAAUCCCAAUGCAACAUCUACUAUAACUAAUCCUUCAUCAAUAAGUACAUCAUCUUUGCCAAGUUCUUCAACGAAUACCCCAAAUAGAUCAACUGUUGAUGAUACUGGUAAUUUAUUACAAAAACUAAUAGAAUUAAAUUUAAAUAAUCAAAAUAGUAAUGAAAGUGGUAUGCAGCUUGAAAAUAACGAUGAUAAUAAUAAUAGUGAUAAUAAUAAUUAUAAUAAUAAUAGUAAUAAUAAUAAUAGUAAUAAUAAUAAUAGUAAUAAUAAUAGUGAUACAAUCGAUUAUAAAAAUUUAAAUAAACCAUUAAAAAUUAGUUCAGAAGAAAGCGAAAAAGAAAAGAAUACAAAUGAGUCAUUCUCUUCAACAAUAUAUACGGUAUCAUCAACUACAAUAAUUAAUAAUAACGAUAAUAAUAAAAAUAUUGAUAAUAAUGAUGGUAAUAAUAGUAAUGAUAAUGAUAAUGAUAAUAGUAAUAAUAAUAAUAAUAAUGAUAAUAAUAAUAAUAAUAAUAAUAAUAAUAAUAAUAAUAAUAAUAAUAAUAAUAAUAAUAAUAAUAAUAAUAAUAAUAAUAAUAAUAAUAAUAGUAUCAAUAAUAAUGAUAGCAACGAACCAAAUGAUAAUAAUAAUAAUAAUAACAAUAAUAAUAAUAACGAUAAUAAUAACGAUAAUAAUAGUAACACAACACCUUUAAUUUCAUCAAUAACCUCAACAAGUAUUUUGAACGUCUCAUCUACAACUGUACAACCAAUAUCACAACCACAACCAAUAUCACAACCACCACAAACACAACCAAUAUCACAACCACAACCACAACCCCAACCCCAACCACAACAAUCAAGUACGCCAAAUAUAUCAAGUAUUUUAACACAAAGUCCAAAAGUAACAUCAUCACCUUUAAAUUCAAGUAUUAUAUUACCAAGUGGCAGUGGUAGUGGUGGUAGUAGUAGUAGUGGAAGUAGUAUUAGUAAAGAUAAAAAGAAAAAAGAUGAUAUUAAACUUCAAUUUGAUUCUGGUAAAUUUUUAACACAAAAGGAAUCUAGAUCCAUUGAAGCCUUAUCACUUGAAAGAACUGUAAAAAAUGUAACACCAUCCAACUCCAAUACUUCCACAACAACAACAACUACCACUACAACAACUACUACUUUUACUUCACAAUCACAAAAUCAAUCACCAAAAAAUUCACACAGAGCAAUCUCUUCAUCACAAAAUCCAAAUUUAAAUUAA